AUGCCUUCCGCAACCUCCCCUCUGGUCCAGUCCCAGAACCAUACCAACUCUUCGCAUUCCAUUCAGUCCGUCCUCUCAAGAAACUCGGACACAACUCAAGGCACAUCUACAUCGACGCUGUUUCCCGUUCCGCCGACACCCACCCUAUCGCCCUCAAAUUCCACCAUCCAAGGAAACGUCGAGCCGUCCGGCAAUGUCAUGAACAAGGUCGCCGACAAGGAUGCCUCGCUAUUUCAAAUGUGCAUUACUCUGCGCCAACGCCUCUUGGCUGUUCCUGGCUUCGAUGAAUACUUCUUGGAAACUGAACAACAACACGAAGAUCUCGAUGUCGUCCAGCUGAUCUGGAAGACUUUCCAGCUUGGCCACCCGCUCGUCUCUUUAUACAACAUUCUACGGCCCGACCAGCUUGUCGAGAUUGACGUAUCCAAGAUCAGCGCUGCCAAACAGGGCAAAGCCCUCACUUCCAGUUUCUUGCGUGGCUGCAUCAACGGUCUCAACUUCUCAGUCGAGGAUUGUUUCAUUCUCUACGAUCUCUACCAAGACGACAUUGGUGGCUUUGUCAAGGUAAUAACAUCCUCUUCCAUUCACAUCGCCCUUUCUAACUUGUCCAGGNUCGUAAGAAUGGUCUCAAGACUGCUCGACAUUAUGGUGCAACAAAAUAUUAUCGAAGACCUUCGCCCGGAUCAGAUCGCCGCUCAUUCUGGCAAACGCAGUCAACGACAACACAUCGUCGAAGAAUUGGUCCAAACCGAAAGAACCUACGUACAGCACCUCGAACUCUUGCAAGCUUUCAAGCAACUCUGCGAAAGCAAGGGUGUCGUUUCCGGUGAUGUCAGCCAUCAGAUCUUCCACAAUCUUGAUGCACUACUCAACUUCCAACGCCGCUUUCUUAUCAGAGUGGAGCAAACGAAUGCUAUGCCAGAAGACGAACAAAACUGGGGAAAGAUCUUUAUCCAGGCAAAUGAAGGCUUUAUGGUGUACGAACCUUAUAUCGCCAAUCAGAAACUAUGUGAAGAGGUUGUCAUGAGAGAGUUUGCUAAGCUCAAGGAAGCCGGCGGUACCAUCGACAUGCGCCAGCUUGUCGAAUCUCCUCCCACUCUAUACGGCUUCCUAAUGAAGCCCUUCCAGAGACUAUCUAAAUACCCACUGCUUCUGGAUUCUUUGCACAAGAAAGGUGAUUACAACGAGGAAAUUAUGGCCGAUCUCUCCAGGGGCAAGGAAUGUGCCACAACCGUUCUGACCCGCACAAACACCGCCAUCGAGAACGAGGACAAGCUGGAAGCCCUGGAAGAUCUCAAGAGUCGCGUUGAAGACUGGAAGGGUCAUCGUGUUACAGGCUUCGGUGGCCUUCUUCUCUUUGGCAGUUACACGGUUAUCAAGAGCGACAGCGCGCCAGGAAAAGACCAGGAACGAGAAUACCACGUCUACUUCUUCGAGUCAAUUCUGCUGUGUUGCAAGGACAUCGACCGCAACAAGCCGAAGAACAAGAUGUCCACACGUUCGUUGGUCGACAAGAAGGGCAGACCGAAGAUGCAGCUCAAAGGUCGUAUCUUCAUGCAGAAUGUUACAGAUGUGGUCAAGGCAUCAAAGCCUGGCUCGUACACUUGCCAGAUCUUUUGGAAGGGCGAUCCGGGUAUCGAAAACUUCGUCGUUCGCUUCCCUACCGAAGAUACCAUGAGCAAAUGGUACUCAAAGCUGCUGGAGCAAAAGGCUGUCUGCAAUGAUCUCGCAAGACGCAGCGACAGUACCACUGCUUCCCACAGACCUUCUGUUGGCACCUCGGCCACCGACUUCACCUACAUUCAGCAGAACCAAGAAGAUCUUGUGAAUCCCUACAAAGAGGUUGACGACGAUGAUGAAGAGGGCACAGUUGUGCCGCAAUCCCCAUUCCCUGCAUAUGCUCCGCAUUCUUCGUUCGAGUCCUCUACUAUGAGCAGCAGAAACGCAUCAACAACAAGCCUUCGUUCGAGAUCUACAACUGGCGAGAGUGGUCCUCCCUUGAGUCUAGGGGGCCGCAUGCCUCCACCACGUCUCCCAGCUAACGCAAUCGGCGGUCAACCUUCGCUCAGUCUGAGAACUCAGCAACUGCCCUACGCACAAUCACCUUCGAUGGAAAAAGACUCAUACUUCUCGCCUGUUGAGACACCGCUGCCUUCACAGAGAACCAGCGGUUCUUCAGGCAUGUCCUACUUCCCAAAUCAAUUCCACGACAAUCAAACACGCUAUACUGCCCCAGCUAUGAGCCGUACUGCUUCACGCGAGAACAGUAUGGCUUCUGCAACGAGUUACGCAGCCAGUCAGCGUACCUCUGGACCUAGACCUGGAUUGGUUGGCAUGCACAGUUCUCAGCAGGUUGCAACAUCAAGAAACAGAUCUGCAAGCAGCCCAGACAUCAACCAUGUCCAGCGUAGAGCUGCAAAUGGUUCGAGACCGCCAGUGCCCGAUGUGCCUGUCCCACCGUUCCCUGCUCAGUAUUCUGUGAGCAGUUCAGUGCCCAGAAGUCAGAGCAAUUCGCCCAGUCUGGCCCACGCUCCCGUGCAAUCACCACACCAGCGCGAACGAUCAUCGACUCGAUCCAACGCAGAUGUUCCAUACGCUCACGAUGGUCCACCCGCUCUGAGAGUCAACCCAGGACUGGCUUAUGUCGGAUCAGCUCGCACUAAUACGCCUACCCCAGGGCCUUCCGGUGGCUAUGACUCUCCUAUAUCUCCUCCUCUGUCCUCUAGCUCCGACUUCGGUUUGAAUCAGCUUAAGAUCAAAGUGCACGCCUCGAGCACAGUCCUAACCCUUGUUGUGCCUUUGAACAUCUCAUACCACUCUCUGAGGGACCGUAUCGAUGCCAAGCUAUCUCGCAGCACCAACAUCAGUCUGAGUGAUCGUACACCCAACCAGGUCAAGCUGAAGUACCUGGAUGAGGACGACUACGUUAGCAUCCAAAGCGAUGAGGACGUGCAGUCAGCCUUCGAGACUUGGCGCGAACAACGUGGCGAGACUGUCGGCGGCAUGGGAGAGAUCGAGCUCUUCUGCCAAUAA